CAGUACAUAGAAGGAGGAGCAAAUGUCGCUAAGCAACGAACUCCGAACGUUCGCUGUUGGUCAGCGACCUCACCUGCAGAGCAAGAGGGUAGAUGAAGUGCACAGAAGGGACUCACCUCAGGUAUGAAGGCCAAACUAUUUUCACAGAUGGACAGAAUCUGAGGUCAUCACAGCAGCUCAGGUUGAAUGAAGAAGGGAGCCCAGCUCAUGACUUAUAGUGCAGCCUGUCAUCAGGGAAAGCUCUCAAAGAACUCCUGUGUUGUUUGACCCAUCUAUUGUCCCUGACUGCUAGCCUAAGCUGACUUUGUUGGUCUUUGAACAAUGUCACCUCUGUCCACCUCAGCUGUCCAGCCUUGUUCAUGGAGAUAUAAUACUGACUCUUCACGCCUUUGAUAGCCAGGAUGCCUCCCUCAGACACUGUCCUGAUCUCCAGGAUACCUGCCAGACAUUCAGACAGAUAGGUGAUCCAACAGCUCCAUCUAUGGACGGACUCAGGCCGGUGCUUCGUGCCACCCUGACACACCACCUCACCAUCGCUGCAAAACACAGGCCGGGCUGCUGUCUGUCUCUGAACUAGAGCGAGGAAGAGCAACACGAUGUCGGACAUGGAGGACGAUUUCAUGUGCGACGAUGAAGAAGAUUACGACCUGGAAUACUCAGAAGACAGUAAUUCAGAGCCAAAUGUGGACCUGGAGAACCAGUACUACAACUCCAAAGCCCUGAAGGAGGAUGAUCCCAAAGCAGCACUUAGCAGUUUCCAGAAGGUGUUGGAACUUGAAGGAGAGAAAGGAGAAUGGGGAUUCAAAGCACUGAAACAGAUGAUCAAAAUCAACUUCAAGCUGACCAACUUUCCAGAGAUGAUGAACAGGUACAAACAGCUCCUCACAUACAUCAGAAGUGCUGUCACCAGGAACUACUCAGAGAAGUCAAUCAACUCCAUACUGGACUAUAUUUCUACCUCCAAACAGAUGGACUUGCUACAGGAGUUCUAUGAAACCACACUGGAGGCUUUGAAAGACGCAAAAAACGACAGACUAUGGUUCAAAACUAACACAAAGUUGGGUAAACUGUACUUGGAGAGGGAAGAGUAUGGGAAACUGCAAAAGAUACUAAGGCAACUACACCAGUCAUGUCAGACAGAUGAUGGAGAGGAUGACCUGAAGAAAGGCACACAGCUGUUGGAGAUCUAUGCUUUGGAGAUCCAGAUGUACACAGCACAAAAAAACAACAAGAAAUUGAAAGCCCUCUAUGAGCAGUCACUUCAUAUUAAAUCUGCCAUUCCUCACCCGCUCAUUAUGGGAGUAAUCAGAGAGUGUGGUGGGAAGAUGCAUUUGAGAGAAGGCGAGUUUGAGAAAGCUCACACAGAUUUCUUUGAGGCCUUUAAAAAUUAUGACGAGUCCGGAAGCCCCAGAAGGACAACAUGCCUGAAGUACCUGGUCCUAGCUAACAUGCUAAUGAAGUCAGGAAUAAACCCUUUUGACUCUCAAGAGGCCAAACCUUACAAAAAUGACCCUGAGAUCCUAGCAAUGACUAACUUAGUAAGCGCCUACCAGAACAAUGACAUCACUGAAUUUGAGAAAAUCUUGAAAACAAAUCACAGUAACAUAAUGGACGACCCGUUCAUUAGAGAGCACAUAGAGGAGCUCCUGCGGAACAUUAGAACUCAAGUACUUAUCAAACUCAUCAAACCGUACACAAGAAUACACAUCCCCUUCAUUUCUAAGGAGCUGAACAUUGAUGUGUGUGAUGUGGAGAGUUUGCUGGUGCAGUGUAUCUUGGACAACACGAUCCACGGACGGAUUGACCAAGUCAACCAGCUACUAGAACUGGAUUACCAGAAGAGAGGAGGGGCCCGCUACACAGCUUUAGACAAAUGGACAAAUCAGCUGAACACUCUCAACCAAGCCAUUGUUAGCAAGCUCACAUGAUGGCAUGUAAAAUCAAGAGACAAGGAAAAUGGCAUGUUUUAAUACAUCCAUAAAGUAUGCUACUGUGCUUCUUCAAGUAUAUCCUCUGAGUCAAGAUACACGGCACAGGUUUUGAGAAUGCCACCAAUUUCAAGACGACACCAGGAACCCUGAGAACGUGUUCAGAGUGUGAUGUUUUGUCGUGAUGAGAGGAAAUCACUGACACUUAUUUUUUUCAUGUUCCUGAUUGGCAGAUCCUUCCAUGUGCAACACAAAAAUGCUUCAGUUGUUAAAAAAAGUCCAAAUGUGUAUGAAAACUUGUACACAGUAUUUUAAUGUAUACUGUUGCCUGUUGGUAAUAAACAGAUUUCUCUCAGCACUAUAAGGAUUCAGCUGCCUUUGACUGGCUACAAAGUUUUAACUGUGUGACGGGAUACACGUCAAAUAAAAUGUUUUUAACUGUCAUAAAAGAGA